AUGGAUGAUGACGUAGAUUAUGGCGACGCUUCACGCUACGUCAACGACGUCUCAAUCGAAUUAGCCUGGGCAGCAAAGGCAUACGAACGGGCCGGCGUACAUAUGAACCUGCUAAUGUCGUGCAAGACGGAUGGGUUGCGGCUUCACCGCGAACAUGACGAAGUCUACCAGGCCUUCCGUGCGGGCUGGCCCGAUCUCGACGUUCAAGCGAUUACCGAAGACGACCUGAAAUCAGAGGAUGCGAAGAAUCGGUGGCGAGAGUUCUGCGAUAAGUUUAAGGAAGUCGACGAUUUCAACCUGGGUACGUUACUACGAAAGGAUGCCGGACAGGCUUACACCGAGAACAACUGCAUCAUUGCCCCGAAGAUAAUUUUCCUCGCAAUCGAGGGUGCCCGUAACCGCGAAGGGAUCAAUGAACGGAAUAAAGAAUCCUACAUUGCCGACUAUAAAAGAAGUGAAGCCGUCGCGGCCUCGAUGCGG